UCCCCACUCGCAGGGAGCUCGCUCGGGCCACUCCUCGGCGGUGCGGCAGCCCGGCCGCGACUCCACUGCGCCUCCGAGGGGCUCAAGCGCACGUUCAAGAUCUAUGUUAAUUUAUUCACAUGGUUUCGAGGCACAAUGAGACUCACUGGCUCCUGGAAACUUUGGCUUUGGGUAGUGAUGCUACCGCUUCCUGCUUCCACUUCCGUGACUGCCAGAGACAAACCAGACAAACAGUGUCCUCCACUGAGAACAGAGGGACAUCAGUUUAUACAAGGCAACAGAGAGAAACUUGAACUUUCAGGUUUUGACCUAGGAGAGAGCUUUACUCUAAGACGUGCAUUUUGUGAAGGUGAAAAAACAUGCUUCAGAUUGGGGAGUGCACUUCUGAUUAGAGAUGCCAUGAAGAUAUUUCCUAAAGGCUUUCCUGAGGAAUAUGCUGUAACAGCCACAUUUCGUGUUCGACGAAAUGCCAAGAGAGAGCGGUGGUUUCUCUGGCAAGUUUUAAAUCAGCAGAAUAUGCCACAGGUUUCUCUAGUGGUUGAUGGAGGAAAAAAGGUGGUGGAAUUUAUGUUCCGAGCUACUGAGGGAGAUGUGUUGAACUACGUUUUUAAAAAUCGAGAAAUUCGUCCUCUGUUUGAUCGUCAGUGGCAUAAACUUGGCUUUGGUAUACAGUCUGGGAGCAUUUCACUCUACCUGGACUGUAAUUUAAUUGCCAGUCGUCACACUGAUGUAAAAGAUAGCGUGGACAUUCGUGGCAGGACUGUGAUUGCAGCACGCGCUUCAGAUGGCAGGCCUGUGGAUAUUGAGCUUCACCAACUUAAAAUCUACUGUGACCCAGGAUUUGUAGCUCAAGAGACAUGUUGUGAAAUAUCAGAGACUAAGUGCCUGGAACAGGAUGACUUUGGAAGUACUGCUUCUUCAUUGGUACCCUCAAUUGCUAGUAAAAUAACUGCAUAUCUCCCAGCAAAGCAGGAAUAUGAAAACCAGUGCCAAUGCAUUUCAAACAAGGGAGAAGCAGGACUGCCAGGAGCUCCAGGCUCACCAGGUCAGAAGGGUGAUAAAGGAGAAACGGGUGAAGAUGGGUUUCACGGCUCUCCAGGCUUGCCUGGUUCAAAGGGAGAGCAAGGUUUUGAAGGCAGCAAAGGAGAAAUUGGUGAAAAGGGUGAAAGAGGAGAAAAAGGAGAUCCUGGUGUGGCUGGCAUUAAUGGUCAAGAUGGUUUGAAAGGCGAUUUGGGUCCUCCAGGUCUACCUGGUCCUAAAGGAGAAAAGGGAGAUAUGGGACCUCCUGGACCACCAGCCCUAACUGGUGCCCUGGGGGUGCCAGGUCCUGAAGGUCCACCUGGAAAAGAAGGUCAAAGGGGAAGACGAGGAAAAACAGGUCCUCCAGGAAAACCAGGACCCCCAGGACCUCCUGGACCCCCUGGGAUACAAGGAGUACAACAGACACUUGGUGGAUAUUAUAACAAGGAAAAUGCAAUCGGAAAUGGUGAGCAUGGAGCUGGUGGCCCAAAAGGAGAGAAGGGUGAAACUGGAAAACCAGGAUUUCCAGGGCCUGUUGGCACUAAGGGUCAAAAAGGAGAAUCUGGGGAAUCUUUCACAAAAGGUGAAAAGGGAGAUAGAGGAGAACCUGGGAUAAUAGGAGCACAGGGAAUGAAGGGCCAACCAGGAGAGCCUGGCACCCCUGGCCAGCCAGGAAGCCCUGGACUAGAGGGUCAACGAGGACCUGCAGGUUUAAUGGGACCCAGAGGACCUCCAGGAGAUGUUGGAUUACCUGGUGAACAUGGUAUUCCAGGGAUACAAGGCAUUAAAGGAGAAAAGGGAGAAUCAGGUGGAAUUACAGGCCCACCUGGGCUUCCAGGUCCAAAAGGUGAUGCUGGUCCUCCAGGGAAAAGCUUGCCAGGGGAACCAGGUUUUAAUGGAAAUCCUGGGAUGCCUGGUCCACGGGGACCCAAGGGGGAAAGAGGACUUCCAGGCGUCCAUGGGUCCCCAGGUGAAACAGGCCCCCCUGGGGUAGGGAUUCCUGGCCGAAUAGGCUCCCAAGGACCAGCUGGAGAGCCAGGUAUUCAGGGUCCUCGAGGUCUCCCUGGAUUGCCAGGAACUCCAGGGACCCCAGGCAACACUGGUGCCCCAGGAAGAGAUGGAAAGCCAGGUCUGCCAGGCCCCCCAGGUGACCCGAUUGCACUGCCUCUCUUGGGAGACAUUGGCGCUUUACUCAAGAAUUUCUGCGGCAAUUGCCACAAAGGAGAAAAGGGAAGUGCUGGUGAGCCUGGAAAAUAUGAUUCUUUAGCUCAGAAGGGUGAUAUAGGACCACGAGGUCCUCCAGGAAUCCCUGGCAGAGAAGGACCAAAGGGAAGCAAAGGAGAACGGGGCUACCCUGGAAUACCCGGAGAAAAAGGCGAUGAGGGUUUUCAAGGAAUCCCAGGCAUUCCAGGUGCUCCAGGCCCUGCUGGGCCACCUGGCUUAUUGGGAAGAACUGGACAUCCAGGUCCUGCAGGAGCAAAAGGUGACAAGGGCAACGAGGGAGCACCUGGGCAACCCGGUCCACCUGGCCCACCUGGGAUACCAUUCAGUGAAAGGAAUGGGAUGAGCAGUUUAUAUAAAAUCCAGGGAGGUGUGAAUGUUCCCAGUUAUCCAGGACCACCCGGCCCCCCUGGUCCAAAAGGUGAUCCUGGUCCAGUGGGAGAACCUGGUGCGAUGGGCUUACCAGGACUAGAAGGAUUUCCAGGUAUCAAGGGAGAUCAAGGCCCAGCAGGUCCCCCAGGAACAGCUGGAAUAUCGGGGAAGCCAGGAGCCCCAGGACCACCAGGACCUCCAGGGGAACCAGGCGAGAGAGGACCUGUUGGAGACAUAGGCUUCCCUGGGCCAGAAGGACCCUCUGGAAAACCAGGAAUAAAUGGAAAAGAUGGAUUACCAGGUGCUCAGGGUAUCCUGGGUAAGCCUGGAGACAGAGGCCCCAAAGGAGAACGUGGUGAUCAGGGAAUUCCAGGAGACAGAGGCUCACAAGGUGAAAGGGGAAAACCAGGCCUCCCAGGAAUAAAGGGGGCCAUAGGCCCUAUGGGGCCACCAGGAAACAAAGGCUCAGUGGGAUCCCCCGGACACCAAGGUCCUCCAGGCCACCCAGGAGUCCCUGGCAUGCCGGCUGAUGCAGUUUCAUUUGAAGAAAUAAAGAAGUAUAUUAAUCAAGAAGUUCUAAGGAUUUUUGAAGAGAGGAUGGCUGUGUUCCUGUCUCAGCUCAAGCUGCCAGCAGCAAUGUUGUCUGCACAAGCUCACGGGAGGCCUGGACCACCUGGGAAAGACGGGCUCCCUGGGCCACCAGGAGACCCGGGACCCCAAGGCUACCGAGGACAGAAGGGAGAAAGAGGGGAACCUGGCAUUGGACUUCCAGGGAGUCCAGGUCUUCCUGGGACUUCAGCUACAGGUUUGCCAGGCUCACCAGGUACCCCAGGGCCCCAGGGCCCCCCAGGACCUAGUGGAAGAUGUAACCCAGAAGAUUGUCUCUAUCCUGUGUCCCAUUCCCACCAGCGGACAGGUGGGAAAUAA